AUGGCAAGCAACCGGGGACCCCCUCGCCGCAACGGCGUCAUUGGCUUCUCGAUGAGCGGUGUGUCUGCUCCCAUCAUGCCUUCGACCACCGAGCCGCGCCGCAAUGGACCAAGUGGAGCUACCAACAGAGCUGCUCCUGAGCCUGUUAUGCCCCUGACCACUGGCCCUCGCCGCAACGGCGUCAUUGGCUUCUCGAUGAGCGGUGUCUCUGCUCCCAUCAUGCCUUCGACCACCGAGCCACGCCGCAAUGGACCAAGUGGAGCUACCAACAGAGCUGCUCCUGAGCCUGUUAUGCCCCUGACCACUGGCCCUCGCCGCAACGGCGUCAUUGGCUUCUCGAUGAGUGGUGCUUCUGCCCCCGUCAUGCCUUCGACCACCAACCCUCGCCGCAAUGGACCAAUUGGUUUCCAGAUGGCCGCUCCUCCUGCUACCAUGAGUGGUGCUUCUGCCCCUGUCAUGCCUUUGACCACCAACCCUCGCCGAAAUGGACCAAUUGGUUUCCAGAUGGCCCCUUCCCCCGCUACCAUUGCUUCGACCAACCCCACCAACACGACAAAUAGCCAGGCUCCUCCGCACAGGAACUUCCCCCUGGCGGGCCCCGACACAGCCCAAUCUUCCUUCGGAUACACUGACGUCCGAAUGACCGACAUCGAGCUGGAUCGAUCUGAGACAGCCGUUUCCCAGGCAGUCUCCCAGAGCAACGCCGUAGCCAACUCGGCCCGCAAGUCACAGCGCGAGAUCAACACGCUGACCAGCCAACUCGCGGAUACCGAAUCGGCGCUUGCUCGGCAAGAGAUCGAGAACGACCGCACCCGUUCCCAGGUGGCGGCUCUUCAGGCCAAACUGGCCAACCAGCAGAAGAAAACGACCCGCUUUAUUGAUGUGCACGAAGUUGCAGCAAUCAAUCGGGUCAAUCACCGCCGAGGCACCCAGAUCGAACAGCAAUUCGAGAUCCUCGAGAUGCGUUUGCAGGAACUUGCUGAUGAUCUGGACAAUGCCAAAGGCAAGUCUACCGCCCUCGAGAGUCUGAAGAAGAGACUCUCCGAGGAAUGCAAUGACUGGUUCCAACUGCGCCAAGCAGUGAAUGCUUCCGAGUUUAACAGGCGCCAACAGCAAGUGCGCUUCGCCGAUGGCCAGAGCUUCCUUCAAGAGCUCAUGCGCAAACGGGCGAAGAUGCACAGCAACACUAUGCGGGACACAAGAGGACGCCAGGUUCCCACUGCCGGUCAAUCAAGGACCCAGUCAGCAACCCCCUCUGUGGCUCCCGCAGGUUGCAAAGUUGCGCCCCAAAAACUCGACAACCGCGUUAGAACCAGCAAUGCCCCGACCCCGUACAUUCCCAGUGACCAGCGAAUUCGUUCUCAGUUUGACCUGUCCAACCCCUUCCUGAAGGAGAUGCGAACCCAACAGCCUGAGGUCCGCGGACAACAACAACAGAGCAACGAAUGCCCGCAGCGAUCUGCCAAUGCUAGGGAGAAUGAUUCGGAAUCGAGCCUCUCCGACCUUGAUAGUGAGCUUGAGUCUUCUGACAUCCCCAUGAGAUCUAAGUCUGAAUCUCCCAGUGAGGAUUCUGACGAUGGUCCAUGGGAAGCUCCGGAAUCGGCCCCUUCCGAACUCAGUACUGAGCUUGACGAAUCUGUGGAGUCUUCUGACACUUCCAUGAGAUCUCAGUCCGAACCUCCCAGUGAGGUUUCUGACGAAGGCCCAUGGGAAGCUCCAGAAUCGCCAAGCAACAGCUCCCAAGCUGAAAGUCGUACGGGUCCCAAUGAGGACACAACCCCACGCAAUCACCCCGUGGAAAUGCAACUUUCUUGCGCGGUGUUCUUCGAAGGUGUUCGUCACAUCAAUGAGGAACACCAACGGAACAUCGAAUGCGGCAACCUGACGAAUCACUCCCGCAAACAUCCUAUUGAGAUGGAUUGGGAGUCUGAUCUCGAGUCCCGCUUCCCCCCACGCAAGACAAGCACUUCCGAGGACGUAAUCAUGAUUGACGCUCCCGCUGUGAACAUGAACAAGAUGCUGGUUACGGAUGAGAUGAUGGCAGAUGCACGAUUGGUCACACGAUCGUGCGACAUCAUUCAUCGAAUUACGCGCAACCGUAUCGAGCGCAACCGUAUCCGCUCUUUUGUGCAUGCUCGCAGGGCAGCUCUCAUGAUCAUGCCAGUCCCGAAAAUGCAGACACCGAGUGCGCCCGCUGUUCCCCAGCCGACUCAAUCUGCAUAUCCUGUGACAGAAGAAGUGUCAUUCCAGCCAGAUAUGAGCGUGCCAGCUGUUCCCCAGCCAGCUCAAACUGUCCAGGAGUACACUGAAACUGUUCACCCAUGGAUGACAACCCAGGCAGCUAUGAGCGUGCCAGCUGUUCCUCAGCCAGCUCAAGCCGCUAUGGAGUCUUUCGCGACUGUGCCGAUCGGUGUGACCACCUACGAAGCCAUGAGUGCGCCAGCUGUUCCCCAGCCAACUCAAGCUAUGUGGGAGUCCACCGAGCCCGUCCUGACCCAAGGGGUGCCUUACCACGCAGGUAUGAGUGUGCCAGCUGUUUCGCAGCCAGCUCAAACUGCGUGGGGGUCCAUUGAUACCGUUCUGCCCGAGGAACUGACUACCGAGGCAACAAUGAGUGUGCCAGCUGUUUCUCAGCCAACUCUUGUUCUUUGUGAGCCCGUUGAGACAGUCCCAACCAAGCCGUUGUCCAUCCGAAAGGCCGUGAGUGUGCGAGCUGUUUCUCAGCCAACUCUGGCUCUUUUGAGGCGCGUGAAGACUGUCCCGACCAAGCCAACGCGUAUCCAGAAGGCUUCGAAUGUGCCGGCUGUUUCCAAGCCAAUUCGAGCCAAGAUGGAGUCGCUCGUGCAGGUCCCUCGCAAGUCAGCUAUGAGUGCGCCAGCUGUUGCUCAGCCGACUCAAGCUGAAGAACGGUACGACGCCGUUGAGAGAAUGUCGACCAAGGAAAUGCCAAGCCAGACAGUUUUGAGUGUGCCAGCUGUUUCUAAGCCAACUCGAACUGUUUUGAAGAAGAUGAGCAAGACGGAGUCAGUUUCAUCUGACAAGGUUGUGGGUGCGCCAGCUCCUCGUGAGCCAGUCCCAAACCAGUCUGGUCUCACUUCAUCAAAGGCAAGUGAGAAGUUUUGGAGGGUGCCUGCUGUUUCUGAGCCACCUCCGAACGGAUCAUUUAAGCUCUGGCCGCGCGAGAAGCGCACUGAAAGCCUGCGAGCCCCUGGCGGUUCGCACCUCGAUGUGUUCCCUUCUCAGCACGGGGCAAUGACAUGGUCUCGUUCCAACGACGUGUCCUCUCUCGAGAAGUUGCAAGUCACAGCAACUUCUCAUAUCGAAAAUGCCUCUUCCAUGGUGGCCACCGAUUCCUGUGCGGGGGUUUCGCAAGGUACCAAGAAGGUUGAGGUCGCCAAUGACCCUUCUUGCAGCGCUCAACAGUCUGCAGGAGAACGACAGGGAGAAUUGGGCGGAGAAGAGUCAGCAACUGGUCUUCAAAUGCCAGGAGCUUGGCCUGCCGACCCACCCGUCGUCACUGUGUCUGCUGGGUCAGACAUGCAGAGGGGAUUGGCCGUGUCAAAGGAGUUGAUCUCCACGAUCCGUUCGGUCACCAUCGGUGUCUCACUGCUGGUGCUACUUCUUGUGGUUACCUUUCUCUUCUGGGGAGACCACACUGGACACCUGGUGAUUCCCGAGGGUUCCGAUCGGUUCUUGGAGGUGCUUCGCUCGGAGCAUGGUUUUGAAGUUCCGCUCUUUGAGCGCUUCAUCUAUGUCUUCAUGCGUUGCAUUGCUGGAGACCGGGUUCUGCACGGUUGA